AUGGAGCCGUACGUAGUGGGUCUCGUGGGUCUCCAGGAGGUACUGUUGGGUAUUACGGGAAAGGACUUCACCUUAAUCGCCGCCUCGAAGGCUGCUAUGCGGGGAGCUACUAUUCUCAAGGCAUCCGACGACAAGACUAGACAACUGAACAAGCACACUCUCGUAGCGUUCUCUGGCGAAGCCGGCGAUACAGUGCAAUUUGCCGAGUACAUCCAAGCCAACGCCCAGCUCUAUUCCAUGCGGAACGAGACGGACCUGUCUCCUACCGCCCUAGCACAUUACGUACGUGGACAGCUUGCGACGAGCUUACGAUCGCGAAAGCCGUAUAACGUGAAUCUUCUUCUGGGAGGCGUCGACCCCAUCACCCACAAGCCUAGCUUGUUCUGGCUGGAUUACCUAGCGGCACUGGCACCAGUACCCUAUGCCGCCCACGGCUAUGCGCAAUAUUAUUGCCUCUCGAUUCUCGACAAACACCACCAUCCAGACAUGACUUUAGUACAAGGCAUUAAAGUAUUGGAGAUGUGUACCGAUGAGCUGAAGAGACGGUUACCCAUCGACUUCAAGGGCAUGAUCGUCAAGGCUGUGACUAAGGACGGCAUCCGCGAUAUCGAGUUCAACGACGACAAGGUCGUGAAAUGUCCUUGA